UAUACGUUCAGGGAGACAACGACGUGGGUCAUUUUGCGUGGAUAAAAAAUAUGUCCCACCUCAUGAGCACGCAGUUGACUAAGCACAAUGGAAAAAAAUAUUUCUGCGAUCGAUGCUUGCAUUACUUUAGUUCGAGUCAAAGGUUGGAAGCUCACAUUGUGGACUGUGGAGAGAUGAACGACUGCGCGAUCAGAUUACCGAGUGAGGACGACGAGUGGCUGACCUUCAAAAAUUACAACUGUAAGGAACGUGCACCGUUUGUCGUAUACGCCGACUUGGAGUGCACUCUGGAGAAGAUUGACAAGGAUUCGAUAACGUCUUCAUAUGCGUAUCGGCAUCAUGAGGUAUUCAGCAUUGGAUAUUACGUGCAUUGCUCGUACGAUGAUUCAUUGUCCACAUACCAAUCUCGUCGCGAUAAAGAUUGCAUCACGUUGUUCGUCGAGCAACUCAAAGUGUUAUCACAACACGUAAAAGAAAAAUUAUUCACUAAUGUCCCUAUGGAAAAUUUGUCGAAGGAACAGUGGGGGGCAUACCGUAGCGCGACGCAUUGCCACAUAUGUCAAAAACCGUUCGCACUGCCCAGGUAGCAGACGGACGUCAUUUUGACAUCAAAUACUAGUCAGGUUCGUCCGAAUGACGUCAAAUGACCAAAAAAUGACCGUCAUAUGUAAGUCUUUCGAAUGACGUUAUAAUGACGUCAUAACAUUACGUCAAUUUGACGUAAUAUUUAGGUCAAAUAUCCAUUUUAUUCACUAGUGCUCCAUAACCAGUGUUGUGCAAGGUACAUUAUUUUUAGUACCUAGUUACAGGUAUAGAUACUCUAGAAAAAAUGUACCGAGGUACAGGUAUAGGUACUAGGAAAACAAAAUACCUAGGUACAGGUACCUCAAAUGUACCUUAAGUGUACCUAGGUACAGGUAUUUUCAUUUAUUAGCAUAAAAUUUCAAAAUAAAUAGACAUUUAUGAUUUCAUGUGUGCAGUUGUACUUGUAGGGAUAUAAAGGUUAUAUAGAGGGCCUGUUCUUUUUAACUGCACUGUUGUAAACUAGUGCAAUAAGUUAAGGUGCAUUUACGUGCUCAUUGUAAAGGUGACGUCACAUGGAGCGUAAUUCGCGUAAGCGUAACCUGCGUAUCGCC